AUGUUGCCCACUCCGUUCGGGGAGCUGGCGGACGAGUCAGAAAGUCCCAGCCACCACCAUCCUGGAGACUCGGAGCAAGGAGACGAAAAUAUUCCCACACUGUGCGCAGGCCAGCUCGAGACAUCGAAAGGGUUCAGGGGCUUGCCGAAACUGUCCGGCAUCAAAAGCUCUUUCGGGAAAAUUCCUUUCCGCUACAACAAGAGGAAGUACGCGCAUGAAACGCAACAGCUGAGGGGCUAUGCUCGACUGAUCGUUUUCUCCUCAUGGUUCAGUUACUAUUACGUUCUCAUGAUAUGUAUAAAUGUAUUUGCUAUUGUAUACAGCUUCUACAAGUACGACGAGGCUCCACACAUCGUGUGGUUUCUGUUGUUGGAGGUUUUCAUAACAGUUGCGCUAUUGGUGGAGGUCAUGAUUCGGGCCUUCGCUGAAGGAUUUUGGAAUUUCUGCUCAAAUCGUUCCAACGUAUUCGAUGCGGUUCUUGCUGUGAUGUGUGUCGGAGCGCUCUUUGCGUUUGUUUAUAUGCCGGCAAUCUCAGAGACCUUGGAAGAAGAUUUGGCCCUUCUCAUCCGUGUGAUAAGGGACAUUGUAAGGUUGUUGAGACUCGUGUUUGUUGUGAAGAACGGGAGACGAUCGAAUUACUCAGUCUCAACAAUACAACCGAUUUCUCUGAUCGAGAUUUCUCGACAUCAUGACGAGCAUGAAGCAUACGAACAUGACACCUUGCUUUCGAGUAUGAUGGCUGAGGGAAACAACAGGCGCUUAAGCUUGAGUUCAGAGCUCGAUGGGACAGACAAGAAACAAGUGAGGCGUUUGUAG